AAAGAACUCUUGGGUAGGAUAUUUUUAUUUAACGCCUACGCCAUUUUGAAUUUCCAAUCAGCUGAAUCACAGAAUCAGCCAGGACCGAAAGCCAAAAAAGGUUUUCGUUUUCAACGCGAACUCGAGCUCGAACUUGGAGUGGAUCCGAGCAUGAGCGCUGGCGCAGGCCUCUAAAGUUUAUUUUAUAAAUCCAGCUUGCUUUUGUUUUCAAUAUAAUAAUUCUAAAUUUUUAGUUAUUGAAAUUUUUAUUUUAAAAUUUUCAAAAUUCAAGUGAUGGAUGUCGACUAUAGGGCAAGAAAACGUAUAAAAGAAGUAAAACGAAAAGCAAGACCUGAAUUGAGCACGAAAGAAUCCUGGUACCAACAGAACUAUGCAAACAACUUUGAGCACUUCCACAAUUUUAGCGAUAAUUGUGAUCGAAUCAACCAGUCAAAAGCACCACCAGAGCAAUUUGUUGCUGAAUACGAAAGUCCUUAUAAACCUGUUGUGAUAACUGAGUCGCAAAAAGAUUGGCGGGCAAAUCAGAAAUGGACUUUACAGAAGCUGUGUAAAAAGUAUAGGAAUCAAAAAUUCAAAUGUGGCGAAGACAAUGAAGGGUACAGUGUCAAAAUGAAAAUGAAAUACUAUGUUCAUUACAUGCUCAAUACUAAAGAUGAUAGUCCUUUAUAUAUUUUUGAUAGUAAUUUUGGUGAACACCGUCGUAGAAAAAAAUUAUUAGAAGACUAUGAAGUGCCCUUAUACUUUCGGGAUGAUCUAUUCAAGUAUGCAGGUGAAAAACGUAGACCACCUUAUCGUUGGUUUGUCAUGGGACCUGCUCGGUCUGGUACUGGGAUACAUAUAGACCCACUAGGAACAAGUGCCUGGAACGCUUUAGUUAUUGGACACAAGAGAUGGUGCUUAUUUCCAACCCACACUCCUAAGGAACUCUUGAAAGUCACUAGUUCCCAAGGUGGAAAGCAGAGAGAUGAGGCGAUUACAUGGUUUAAUGUUGUAUAUCCUAGAACCAAAGAGCCUAGUUGGCCUGAAAAUUGCAAACCAAUUGAAAUUUUACAGAAACCUGGAGAAACCGUUUUUGUUCCUGGAGGAUGGUGGCAUGUUGUACUUAAUUUGGAUACAACAAUUGCUGUGACGCAAAAUUUUUGCAGCAGAACUAACUUUCCAAUUGUUUGGCAUAAAACUGCAAGGGGUAGACCAAAACUUUCUAAAAGGUGGCUUAAAGUUCUCCAUGAAAGGGAACCAGAUUUGGCUCUUUUAGCAGAUAAGACAAAACUUGACCAACCAUCAGGACUGGCAUCUGAUAGUUCGAGUAAUUCAUCCAGUUCCAGCUCUGAUUCCGCCAGUUCGAAGUCAAGUGAUUCUGAAGGUGGAGAUAGUGGCCAGGAAUCGUCAUCUAGAAAGAGAAGAAGAAAAAAAUCGGAUCAAGGUACAGAUAGAAGUAAAAAGGCUUUCCGCAGAGAGAUAAAUGAUGGUCUUCCUUAUAAAACAAAUGAAGAAGCUUCCAUAUCUUCUGAAGACAGAGGUCUAGAAAAUUUAGGGCAAUUAAAUUAGGCGAAUUUUAGUUCCAGCUGUACAAGCUAGAACAAGUUUGAGAUAAUAAUACGUUUUUACGUGCCUAAAAAUCACCAGUGAACUUUCUAGGGAAUCUAAUAAUUUUUUUCCGAAAGCGUCAGAAAAUGACGACUUUUUUAACCUCAUUUCUUAAUGUUGAAGUUUGAUUUCACAAACGUCAUUUUUUUGUUACUUUUGUGUCCAACCGUGACUGAUUGAGUACACUUUUUUGUACGCACACGGCCUGGACAAAAAAGUCAAUUCACAGAAAUUUAACAACCACAAAACCAGUAAGAAGAAUCUAAUUUCACGUUUUUCUACAUCUUAUCAUUUUUGACAAUAUUUAUUUCCUUGAUUCCAUCGUUUGAACACCGUUUGCGGAAAAAACCGCCUGUUUUAUUCGGACAAAAUCACUUUUUGUGGCUCGUCUAAAAUUGUCGGCCCCACUACGUUCGGCCAUCAAACAUUUAGUCUCGCCACAAAAAGUAUAAUUUUUACUCCUAAUAAAACAAUAUAGUAUUUUGUCAGUGGCGAUUUUUAGGCACAUAAAAUGAACCCCAUAGGAAAUACAAUUAUUAAAAUCACUCUAAAAUGAGCACAUCUCAAAUUUGUUUAAGCUUGACCCACUAUUUUACAGUGGGUUAUAGUUGAAAAAAAUACUCUUAGAUAUUUUUUGUAAUUUUAUUUUUUCUGUAGUAGAAUAAUUAAUUGAAGAGCUAUUUUUUCAUGAAAUUAAUAAUAGAUAUUGAAUUGAACCAGGGGAAAAUUUGGAUGAUAUAAUAUUAUUGAAUCGAUUUAUGUACUGAGUAGAAUUUUUUUUUGGGACAUAAAUUUGUUAUUAUUUGCUAUCUUAAGUUUAUCCUACGUGUAGGUACUUGAAUGAGCUAACGUAUAGGCCAGGACACUAUUAUGAGUAUAUAGUUACUGACAUUUGAUAUAAAAAUGUGAUCCCAGAGCUGAAAGUAUGUGUUAGGUUGUAUUUGUGUCCCAGACAAAAAUAUUCACCUGGUUACUAUGUAUAGGGAAAUUUUAUGAUUAAGUUAUUUUCAUUUGUGAGUUUACUAGUCUUCUCUGACCAAAAAUAGAGUGAAGAGCUAUUUAAAAUAUGCAAGUAGCGUAUCUUCAUAUCUACAGGGUACAAGGUAGGUUUUAUUCCAUUUAUUUUCCUCGCAAAGCAGGUUUGUAAUUAGUAAUAUUAGAUUAUGGUUUUUUUUGUUUCUAUAAAAGUGAAAACUAAUAUAGUUUCAAUUUGUUAUGUUACAUGUUUCGCUAACACUGUAUUUAUGCUGAACGCGCCAAAUCAUAACUUUGGGUUCAAUUUUAUUAAUAUUGUUUCCCUUGAGCCAUUUUUAUUUUUAUACUAUGAUACAUGAAUAAUUUACAACACUGGACAUAUCAUUCCGUUAUAAAAUAUUCAUCAUUUAUUUUGUCAAGAUUAGUCAUUAAUUAUUACUUAUUGAAAAAAAAAUUCCAGCUUAUACGAGGAAAGUAAUGGGUGAAUCCUAUACCGAUUUUAUUUCGUACACAAUGAAAUAUGUAUAAUCAGUAUUAAAUUAUUAUCAAAACAAGUACGAAAUAAAAUUAAAGUAGUUAUUCUUAUGAAACUUUGCCAAACUACUGGUUUUUUAUGUUCAAUUUUAACAAUGUGCCUUUUAUAAAAUUUCAAAUCUGUGCUUGAUAUUUUUCUUUUAACAAAUAUUAAGACAGAAGUUAUACGAUUUGAUACAACUGAUUUUUCUUUUAUAUAACUUGUCCAUCUAGAUCAAGAUCAAGCAUAGAUAAUUCUCUGAAAAACUUUAAACACCAAUUAAUAUUAGUAGUUCUGUGAUAUGCAGAAGUGAUAAGUUUUAGUUGUGUUGAUGUUGAGCAAUAUUUAUUGUUUUGAUUAUUGAAUAAACGAAUUUUGGCAAGAAUGCUUACUGGAUUAUAAAAGAGAAAUGCUGAUCAACAAGUUGCUGGCUUACUCGUGCUCAAAAUGUAAAAUACUUCUUGCCGAAAUUCUACUCUAAUUUAAUAUCUAAUUUAUGUAACUUUUCAUAUGGAGGACAUAGGAUCACUGCCAAAGAAACUCAGAACAAAUUCGUUGGAUUUAAUUUCACUAAUCUGACUUGAGAGAUAAUUUUUUUACACCCUUAUAUUGUAAUUAUUAUCAUUAUUGUAUUUUCAAAAACACACAAGACACUUAAAGUUAUGUCGUUUGACCAUUUCAUGAUCUUCACCUGUCAAUUGUCAACAUACCUCAGCAAUAAUUGUUAUCCAAGACUAACUUAAAGUGUCCAUUUCAAUUAAAUUUAUGUAUGUAUUGUUGUGCCUUUCAAAAUAUGUAUGUUUUCUGUUAAUAAAUAAACUUAAAAUGUCAAGAGU